AUGACAAGUCGCCCAAGUUAUUGUCAAUUGGAAGGUUUGGUCGACUUCCUUGAGCAAAACCCGAGCAUUGCUAAAGGUUUGCUUCGGACUUUUCAAGCAAAGCUUGAAACCAAAGAAAAGUGGGCGUCAUUGGCUACGAGACUUAAUGCUCUUGGAGGAGCUAUUAAAGACGGUCAAGGCUGGGCUAAGUAUUGGGCUGAGAAGAAAUGGGCGCUGAAAAAACAAUGGCGCACAGGAGGUGGGGCAGCUGACAGCUUGCCAGUAUUGUCGGCUUUAGAUAGAAGAUUAGUGGCGGUGAUGGGCGGGCUAGACUUCGCUGCUAGCGAUCAAAAUUUAAGGGUGAAUCCAUUUCCUGAAUUGGUUAGUGCAGCUCAGGAUUCGAGGUCUUGUAGGCCAGCCCUCGAGUCUUCUGUUAUUAGUGGAGAUUCAGAUAUGCAGCACAGUAUGCAAUCUAUAACAGAAGACCCUGGCCCCUCACGCAUACCUCGAACAAGAGUCACAAUGCCUGCAUCAUCCACCCCGCUUCCAAGCAACAUACCCAGACCACGCCGGCGUGUUGUAAGAACCAUGGACUCUGACAUGGAACGGUUCUCAAACAUAGAAGCCCGACGCGUAGAAGCGGAGAUGACAGCAGCCCAAGCACUAGCAAAGAUUGCUGAAGCAUUGCUGUCAGUUGGCGAUGCACUUAAAGAAAUAGCAAGGAAGAUGCCAGAACCUUGA